AGAUUCUUUAUCUACUGUGCUCUUCUUAUUAAUAAUCUAAUCUCUCAUUUCUCUCUCUCUCUCUCUCACACACACACACAAAAGUGAACAAAAGGCCACUUUCUCUCCACUAAAACCCUGCUUUCUCUGCCAUUUCAUUCCUCUUCCAUGGGGGCCUGAUGGGCAUCUGCAACUUUCCUUCUUUGCAGCUGUUUCCCAAUUCCACUGAAGGUUCUCUUCAUCUUGGGUUUUCUUAACUGGGUAACGUUUGCUUCUUUGGAGAAAAGGCUGGUGGUGAUUGAACGUGGAGUAUAUCAGCUAUUGAAGACUUGGAAGGCUAAAGCUAGUCGUUGUUAGCUCAUCUUGGUGGUUUCUAGUUUCUGGGAGUUGGUUUAAUUCUCACUCAGUCGUUUCUUAAUGGAACGCAAUUACUGGGUACAUUUCGUGGUGGUUCUUUGCUUGGGUUUAUUUGUGGGCAUCUCGUGUCAGAAUGAUUCUGAUACUUCAAUUACAGCUGUGUACAUUGUGACCCUUAAACAAGCUCCUGCUGCUCGCUUCAAUGGAGAGCUCAGAAAGGAAACUAACGUGUUCAACCAUCGUUCUCCUAAUAGACGAAACAAACUGCACAGAUCAAGGAACAAUGGGAGUUCUCAUCAGAGUCCUGAAUCUUAUAUAACCCGAGUUCAUGAUUCAUUAUUGAGGAGGGUAUUGAGGGGAGAGAAGUAUCUAAAGCUAUACAGCUAUCACUACUUGAUCAAUGGAUUUGCUGUUCUCGUUACCUCACAACAGGCGGACAAGCUCUCAAGGAGGAGAGAAGUCGCGAAUGUGGUUCUGGAUUUCUCUGUUAGAACAGCAACCACCCACACUCCACAGUUCUUGGGUCUGCCACAUGGGGCAUGGGCCAAGGAAGGUGGAUAUGAAACUGCUGGAGAAGGAAUUGUAAUUGGUUUCAUUGAUACUGGCAUUGAUCCUACUCAUCCUAGUUUUGCUGACGACCUUUCUGAGAACUCAUACCCAGUCCCUGGUCAUUUUUCUGGUGUUUGUGAGGUUACUCGAGAUUUCCCUUCUGGUUCGUGCAAUAGGAAGCUUAUUGCAGCCCGCCAUUUUGCAGCUUCUGCUAUCACCAGGGGAAUUUUCAAUUCUAGUCAGGAUUAUGCUUCACCCUUUGAUGGUGACGGCCAUGGCACGCAUACCGCCUCUGUUGCUGCAGGAAACCAUGGGAUUCCAGUGAUUGUCGCAGGGCAUCACUUCGGAAAUGCAAGUGGGAUGGCCCCUCGUUCACACAUUGCUGUAUACAAGGCAUUGUACAAGAGUUUUGGAGGCUUUGCUGCAGAUGUUGUUGCUGCAAUAGACCAGGCAGCUCAGGAUGGGGUUGACAUUUUAAGUUUAUCAAUCACUCCCAACAGGCGCCCUCCUGGUCUUGCAACAUUUUUUAAUCCCAUAGACAUGGCUCUGCUUUCAGCUGUGAAGGCUGGCAUUUUUGUUGUGCAAGCAGCAGGCAACACUGGACCAUCACCCAAGAGCAUGUCUUCCUUCAGUCCAUGGAUCUUCACUGUUGGUGCUGCUUCUCAUGACAGAGAGUAUACUAACUCUAUAAGGCUUGGCAACAAUGUAACUAUUCCUGGAGUUGGACUUGCACCGGGAACGGACAAUGAUACUAUGUACACGUUGAUAUCUGCACUUCAUGCUCUGAACAAUGACACAACAGUUGCCAAUGAUAUGUAUGUGGGUGAAUGCCAAGAUUCCAGUAACUUCAACGAGGAUCUGGUCCAAGGGAAACUCUUGAUAUGUAGUUAUUCAAUUCGAUUUGUGCUUGGGCUCUCCACCAUCAAACAAGCCCUAGAAACAGCCAAAAACCUCAGUGCUGCUGGUGUUGUGUUCUACAUGGAUCCUUUUGUGAUUGGCUUUCAGCUUAAUCCAAUUCCAAUGAGGAUGUCUGGCAUAAUAGUUUCAUCCCCUGAUGAUUCCAAGAUUUUACUUAAAUACUAUAAUUCUUCUUUGGAGCGAGAUGGAUUCACAAAGAAAAUCACUAGAUUUGGAGCAGUAGCAAGCAUUUCAGGUGGACUGAAAGCUAACUACAAUAGUUCUGCUCCUGCCAUUAUGUAUUACUCUGCCAGAGGACCGGAUCCAGAAGACAAUCUUCUUGAUGAUGCUGACAUUUUGAAACCGAACCUGGUAGCUCCUGGAAAUUCUAUAUGGGCAGCUUGGAGUUCCCUUGGAACUGACUCUGUAGAAUUCCAAGGUGAGAGCUUUGCAAUGAUGUCUGGGACAAGCAUGGCUGCUCCUCAUGUUGCUGGACUUGCUGCGCUGAUUAAGCAAAAGUUCCCCAGUUUCAGUCCUUCAGAAGUAGCAUCAGCACUCUCCACAACAGCUUCUUUGUAUGACAAGAAUGGUGGGCCAAUAAUGGCUCAACGUUCUUAUGCCAACCCAGAACUAAAUAAGUCUCCAGCAACGCCAUUCGAUAUGGGCAGUGGUUUUGUAAAUGCAACAGCAGCUCUGGAUCCGGGUUUGAUUUUUUAUUCCAGUUAUAGUGACUAUAUGUCGUUUCUCUGUGGCAUCAAUGGUUCUAGUCCUGUGAUCUUCAACUACACAGGCCAAAAUUGUUGUAUGUAUAAUUCAACCAUCAGUGGUGCUGACCUGAACUUGCCCUCAGUUACAAUUGCUAAGCUAGAUCAGUACAGAACAGUCCAAAGAACAGUGAUUAACAUCGCUGGUAACGAGACGUAUAGCGUCGGCUGGAGUGCACCAUAUGGGGUGUCUGUGAAGGUGGCUCCAACUCACUUCUUUAUUGGCAGUGGAGAGAAACUGGUUCUUAAUAUAAUCUUCAAUGCAACUAUGAACAGCUCCACUGCAAGCUUUGGAAGGAUUGGACUUUUCGGAAAUAUGGGUCAUGUUCUCAACAUUCCAUUGUCAGUGAUACUUAAAAUCUCAUACAACACCACUAAUGGCUGAGGAUUCAGAAAAUGAUUUUUGUUUUCUUUUUUCUUCUUUUUAAUUAAAAAAAAAAGAAAAAAAAAGCAACGAAUGGUUUUUGUAUUUUGUAUUUUUGCUUUUUGUACUUGUGGUUUUGAGAUGUGUAUUAACCAAUUUUUUCAUUCAUUAUAAUGUAAAUGCUAAAUCAUUUGUAUUGAUUAAAUAAUCCCAAGGUCUCUCUUUGAACUGAGCUAAAGCUUUCUUUCUUCAA